AGGGAGCAAGAAGCAACAAUAACAAACACCAGCUAAUAGCUAACGGCUAACAAAACAAGGAAACAGGAACACCAUCUCUUAAUUGUAGAAGUUAAUGUGUGUUUAAACUUUAAUGUGAUAUACUUUAAAUACUAGUGCUGUUAGGAGUGUAGUAUAAUCGUACAGCGAUCUUACAGGAAGACGACACUGUUACCUAACAUCAGCCCUAAGCAAGUAAAAUCAGUUUAGCUGUUUUUGAACAGCUGACUUCAGCAUUUAAGUGACAAAGAUGCACCUCCACGUUGGCGAUGUCUUUUUCCUGGUUUUCUUCUCACUGUUUUCCUCACCCUCUUAUGCAUAUAUCUAUGCUCAUUACAACAACUCAACAUCAAUGCUGUUUGAGGACCUUCCUGCUCUUUUUGGACCCAGUUUGCCCAAGGAUGGACUAAUGGGUGUAUUGGUGGUAGCUCGUCCACUCAAUGCCUGUACACCAAUAGACACAGCACCUCCACUGCCUCCAAAUUUUGAUGCUAACACUACCAAACUGAUAGCACUAAUAAAGCGCUUUGAAUGUAAUUUUGAUGUAAAGGUCCUACAUGCUCAACAAGCUGGGUUUGAUGCAGCCAUCAUUCACAACAUGUAUUCAGACACUCUAUUGAGUAUGAACUACAGUAACGAGACUAUUGCCAGUGAAAUUGAGAUUCCAUCUGUAUUUACCAGCUUCUAUGCUUCUCAAGUACUCAAAACUUAUAUUAUUCCAGAAAAGGGGACUUAUGUGAUUCUUAAACCAGAUUUUAGUUUUCCACUCUCCUACUACCUGAUACCUUUUUGCGGAGUCAUUGGCCUGAUUAUUAUUGUUAUGUGUGUCGUGUUGAUCAUAAGAUGUGUGCAAUACUCAAAAAGGAUGAGGAAAAACCGCUUGUCCAAAGAACAGCUCAAACGUAUUCCAACCCAUGUGUUCUCUAAAGGAGAUGAUUAUGAUGUAUGUGCCAUCUGCCUGGAUGAAUAUGAAGAGGGGGAUAAACUGAGAGUCCUACCAUGCUCACAUGCUUACCACUGCAAGUGUGUGGACCCCUGGCUGACGCAAACCAAAAAGACUUGCCCUGUGUGCAAACAGCGCGUGACCCGCCCCACCGCAGACCACUCGGAGUCAGAGUCUGAGGAGGACGGAGGCCACCGCAGCGAGGAGGAAGUGACAGAGGGUGACUCUGAGCGCACCCCUCUCUUGCGACCUUCCCAUCCUGGUUCUCCUUCUGGUAGUUUAGUGGACUACUCUGCCACCAACAACACUACAGUGGCUACUGCCCAAUGCCUGGCCUCCCCUGCCUGCAGUGAAUCCCCCAUAGUGGGCUUUGAGGGCUACUACUCCCCUGAAGAGAACACUGACACAGAAAGUGAUGACACACACACUGAUGAUGACACAGCUCAGCUCAUUGGUAGGGAUGUCAAUGUUUGAUUGAUUUGAUUUGGAUAAAACAUUUUAAGUAACUGUCAUCUAAUCCAGUGUGCUGUAAUAACUUGUGAGUACAUCUGUACUCACGGUACAGCAGUACUACCUGUGUCUCAAAGCUAGUAUGAUCAUUGUGGAACAUAAAAAGCCACUUGCACAUACUUUACAUUACAUGCAUGUGAGUCACUCACUCACCCAUCUGAUCUGACCUCUAGUUUUGCACAAAAUGAAAAAGAAAAAAACAAUAUACAGGUCAUUGUAUUGUUCCAUGGCUGAUGGAGAUUAGUGCAAUUGAAAAAGCAUAAUGAAUAUUGUUACACUAUCAGCUAUUGAAGAACUGGGAAUUUCUUUCAUUUUUUCUGCUAUUUAUUUUUCCCAGAAUUCUUUUAUUUCAUCUAAAAAUGCAUUACCUGCACAUUUUGCUUUCUGCAAUUAUUUUGAAUGUUGUGUCUGACAGUCUUCUAAUUUGUUAUACUGAGGAACGUCUCAGGCAGUGACAAAAAAUGAUUUUUUUAACAUAUUUGUUUGCCUGUAGAUUUAUGUAUAUACAAUAUUUAGUACUUUUUGUAUUUUUAUAAGAACUGAAACUAUAAAAAAACUGUACGAAUUAGUUGGGGGUUUAAAAAAAAAAAAAAAAGCGUUGCCUUAUAAUGGCCUUGAUUUAUGUGAUAUUUAUAUUUGGAAAUUAAGGGAUUGUUACACUCCUGCUAUCUGUACUGUGCACACCUGGUCACUGUUCCUCUGAUGCUCCUUCUUUACUUAUUUUUGCUUUUAUUUUCAUCCAUUAUUUGUGCUGCUUAACUAAUACACCACAUGUUUAGUGUACAUUUUAUUUAAAGUAGAUCUGAGAAAAAGAAAACUGAUAACUAUUAACAUUCCAUUGUAAAUUUGAAAAAGAAUGACGACUAAAGAAAAUCUGAUUUCCUUGUUUCUUUGCUACUGUAUCAAAGUCUUUGAUGGAUUAAAAGUCUUUGGGAAAGUUCUUGUAGCAUUUCCUUUCUUCCUUUAGCUAUUAAGAAAGCCUUCAGAUUAUUUUAUAUCUUGAAGGGCUUUACAGAUGGCAUUAGAAUGUAUAAUUUACUAAAUAAUUGGCAGUUGCCAUGGCAAUGAACAUUUAGAUUUGGCACUAAUGAGGGUAAAAUAAUUGACCGGAAGUAAGGACUAAAGUAAAGUAAUUUAAAUCAAUUUCAAUAUGACUUUCUGGAGCUUUAUAUGAUAAUAAUUCCCGGGCUAAUUAUUGUACAUAAAAACUGAGUCUUCAUUGUGUAGAAUUAAUGGCAUUGCAUUAGACAUUAGACUGUUUUAACUCUGUAAUCUGUCUUAAUUAGCCAAUUUUAGUCUUUUGAAGCAUUCAUUUUAUCACCACUGCUUACCAGAGACUAUUCAAAUCUGAACAAUAGACCUUAAAGCAAGAUGAAAUCAAUAGAUGUUACUAUGGAUUCAUUAAGGAAUAUGUUGAAAGGUAAAGGGUUGUUCCAAUUACAUUAAGAUAGCAGUUAUAAUUAAAAACAUUUGUUAACAGAUCAGAUGUCAUAAGUUUGCAGUAGCGCUGUAUGGUUUUAAAAGGCUCCAGACUUAACCAAGUGCAGGUGUGAGGAGAGAUGGCCAGACCUGUGGUGUUGUGCUACUGUGUGUUCAGAUCUGCCUUCUUGCUCUGUCUGUCUGCAUCUUUAUUUGUGCUGCUGGACUCCCGAGAGACAAAACAUCAGGUAAUAUGGCUUAUAUGUAUGUAAAACUGUCUUGCACCUAUCUUCAGCUGUUGGUGUGUUUUUAGUUUUUUUUAGGAAAUGCCUAUCCUGCUCCAAGAAUGGCUCCUCCCCAAGACGGAUUUCAAUUUGCUUCUCUAGUUGGAGAUGGCUAUCCACAACAAGAGGAAUCUGCAUUAUUUAUAGUAGAUGAAGCGCAGACAACUCAAGUUUGGCCUCAAAUUGUCUUGGAUUAUAUGAGGCACAAACUACGAUUUAGAGGAAGGACAAAGAAAAACAUCAAGAAAGUCAACUUUUAGCAUUCAGGAAUACUGAGGAAAAAUAGUCAAUACAAAAAUCUGUAUGUGUAAAAAAUAAAACAUUAACUUUUGUCAAACUGA